ACCCUUCAUAUCGCAUCAUAUAAACAAAAUGAACACGGUUCUUCAUUCAGUUUAAUUUCAAAUAACAACAAAUAACAGUGAAUAAUUAAUAGUUGUACAGUUGAAAAUCGAUACUAGACAUGGCGAAAAUUAUCACCGAACACCAUUGUAAGGAAGUUCUGCUCAGAAAAAAUCCUGCAUACAUCUUUGAUUCCUACCAAAUUGGACCAUUCAAAGAAGAAUCACGUGGCGGUCUCAUAGGUCUCCACUACACUUUGCGAAUCUACUACACAUACAGGAAUGAGAAGCAAACAAUUCAGUUUUUCGUGAAAACUCUCAACGAUCAUAGCAGAACCAUGUUUGAAAUAUCCAAGAACUUACUAUUCUUUGAAAAGGAAAAGCUCUUCUUCACUAGCCUGCUAGCAAAAUAUGAAAAUAUUGGGAUAAAUGUAUCCUUUGCUCCUAAGGGAUAUUUAUGCGAAGACAACGCUGUAAUUUUGGAAGAUUUAACGCUCUCCGGCUUUAAGUUAUUCUCCAAAAAAAGAUCUUUGGAUAUCGAACAUUGCCAAGCUUGUCUUACUCUACUAGCCCAGUUUCAUGCUUCUUCACUACUCUAUGAUAUAUGGAAGUCCAAGACUUCAGGAAUCAGAUACAAUCUUCUAAACGAGCAUCCUUACAUCCUUGAGGACCUCAUUUACUCUGGAGGAGACACAGAUGGCACGAGAUAUAUGGAGAAGUCGGUGGAAGGAUUGAUAGCACUUACAGAGCUAGAAUUUGGAGAUGGAACGACCCUCGAGAACAUGAAAAAUAUGUUCGAUUUGAGUGAUUCCUCUGAUGAUGGUGAUCUAUGCUGCGUUCUCCUUCAUGGCGACCUUUGGACCAACAAUUUCCUCCAUAAGUAUGACGGAGAUAGAAUCAUAGAAUCGAAACUGAUAGAUUUUCAAACUAUAAGAUAUGGCCCUCCUUGCUUAGAUGUACUCCAGUUCAUUUACAGUAAUACUAGAAAAUCUUUAAGAGACAGGCAUUCGAACGAUUUAAUCAACUUUUAUUAUCAAAAACUUGAUGAGAUAUUUGAAGAAAGAUCUUUAUGUAUUGGUGAUUAUCUACCAAAGAAACAAUUUUUCGACACCUGUGAGAUUUUCAAACUAAGGGUGAAGCUACAAGCAGUUAUUGACAGAUGUUUGACAGGCGUACCUGACCAAACUCAUAACAAUAUUCCAUCAGAUGAGAAUGAGUUCAAUGAUUUUCUGUUUGUGGAUCGUGCCAAAUAUUAUAUCGAAAAUUAUACCACUAAUCCCAUGUACAAAGAACUGAUUUCGGAGGAUUUGAGGGAGUUGAAAGAUAUGCUACCCAGUUUGAAAUGCAACUAAACUCUACUCUCCCACACAUUACACAUAUUUAAUUUAUUAUCUUUAGUAUUUAAUUUAUAGUUUUAUAUCUAUCUGAUUGAGGAAGUAUAGUAAAGUCUAGUGUAGUAUCUUU